AUUGGACACUUUUCAGCACUGCUCAAACACCUGUUUCGGUGAACUUAAAGCAAAAACAUGAAAAAAGCAGCUGGAUUUGUUAUUUUUCGCCGUCUUUGUGGGGAAAUAGAAUACCUAUUGCUGAAGGCUUCCUACGGCUCCUUCCACUGGAGUUCUCCCAAGGGACAUGUGGACUCAGGCGAGGAUGAUUUUACCACCGCUCUGCGAGAAACAAAAGAGGAAGCCGGGUACGACGAGAAGGAUCUGCUCAUAUACAAGGACACUCCGCUGACCCUGAACUACGAAGUGCAGGGCAAGCCAAAGAUUGUGAUUUACUGGCUGGCGGAGCUGCGGAAUCCCUGUCAGGAGCCCAUUCUCUCCGAGGAGCACACCGACCUCAAGUGGCUACCCAAGGAGGAGGCCAAGCAGUGCGUCGGCUUUAAGGAUAACCAAGUCAUGAUCGACAAGUUCCACCAAAUGAUUUUAGAUCAAAACAAACCAGAGUAAACUAAAAACAGUUGCCGGUCUAAUGUUGCGCAACACUGAAAUGUAAAUAAAUAAAAUACCACCGAAAAUACCAUAUCGGAAAA